AUGACCUUUGGGAUGAACAAUCAACUACAUCAUAGUCCAGCUCCCGACUCCAACCCCACUAUGACUCGAGAUGAGAUUCCGAGUCGAUCAGGUAAGACUGACCGUCAGAGACCACAAGGGAUCAUCGACGUCACUUCAUCUGCAUCCACCCCUACUCCCAAUGCUCUAUCUCCAACUACGUCAAGCACUCAAAUAUCCAUCAUGAACAACUCUCACAUUUACUCUCCUUCCAAACCCAAACCAAAAAGAAGAUCAUGGUUCUCUUUGAGACGUACCAAACAGCUUAUCGAUCAAUCGAAUCAAACUACCUCCAUACCUGAAGAAAAUCAUUUGAUCACCCCCCUUCCCCCUCCAUCAGCUUGGAACGGUCAACCAGAAGAGAGAUUGCGACCUAUCCAAUUCCAACCUAAUAGAAUACAGACAUUAUACGUUACGAAAUCGGAGAGAGAUUUAUACCUCGCAGCGAUGUCUCAACUAGAUCAGGCUCCUCCACCAUUACCGUUGUGGUCAGACCGUGCACCUGAACUCCCAAAGUUGAACACCCAACUGACACCACUCAAAGCUCCCAGUAUACCCAAUGGGUCGAUAGGAAGAUCAGGUGGUCAUGCGAGGAGUAUAUCGGAAGGUGGAUCAACAGCUUUUCAUCCACUCACUUCACGACCUCUUUCACCUAAGUUGGUCACAUCACCUCAAAUGGGUAGAUCAGGGUUGAUGGUCAGAGAUGAGUUUAGACGUACCGCACCUCCACAACAAUCAAAACACGCUUUGAUGGCUUUCAUCCCACCCUCGGGAUUACGAUUGACAGGUUUCCCACCGAGUGCGAUUAGCGCGGUGGAUCUUGUAUUGCAAGAAAAUUGGGAUCAGGGAAUAGCAGUCAGAAGUGAAAGUGCAGAAAGUUUAGGUGAGAGGAAAGAAGAUGAUGAGUUCACUUGGAAAGUUGAAAUGGAAGGAAAGGUAUGGAAAAGAAAAGGUUCUCAGGAAUUAGAUUCGAUACGCCUUUUAAUCGCUUUGAUGUCUAUUUUAGGUAUUCAUGGGUGGACUUUGGUUGAGAAUGUACAAGCUGGAGGCUCCAAAAAAGACGCCCAUAAUCUCCUUUUCUCGUAUUCACCUGAAACCUCUAUAAACCCGCCGCUGUUCUUCGCUCUUUCCUUACCAUUACCUGACAGGUUAUCUCUUAUCUGCCCACCACGAAAGGUAACGCCAGCUAUCAUCUCGGCCUUACGAGAAGCUAUUAUCUCGAGUCCGGCUAAAAUGUACAAACAUGCUCGAGAAGGGACGGCUGCGACUGGUGUGACCGUCACGUCCGAUACCAAUGGCUCGUUGAACGAAGGAAGAUCUAAAUCACCCAAAAUCAGUUGGAAAGGGUAUGACCCGAGGGGUAUAAAGCUGGAGGGAUGGGUACAUGAUGGUGUAUAUAGAUUUUGGAUCGAUGGAAUGAGAAGAUGGCUAGGUGGGACUGUCAAGAGAAAAGUUGUCGAAAGCCUUCAUCCCAACCUAGUCAUCGCGAUCAUCAACAACAUCACCAACCUGCAUUUUGAACUCGCCGCAUCCAUUCUUCUUCUUCCCAUUGCAAAAGGCCGAGAUGUCUUUAUCUUCUCAUCAUUACCCUCAUCAGGUCUCUCGGUGGUAGACUCCUAUGUUCCCAAAGCACCUUCCAUCGCAGGUACAGAAUCGCCCGUCUUGGUAUCUCCGAUGGCAUCUGUGCCAGUACAAGAUCUCCCAGAUGAUCCUAGAGAGAUCGAUCCUGAUAAUCGACAACUACCAUGGACAUCUGUAGUGAACAAUCAAGCUAGACCACCUUCUCCUGUGAAAAGUAGUAGACCUCCGCCCUCGUCUACAGGGAACAUGUCCAACGAUAACUCCAGGAAGAGAACAGCCAGUAGAGAGUCAUCCAAACCGCUCUUAGCUGCACCUUCCGCCUCUGCGAACUCCACUCCCAAACAUAAAAAUGUAUUACUCAAGCAGAAUUCUCUACAAAGACGAAGAUCAUCUUCAGCGAAUGGGAAUCAUUCACAACCUCCUUCAGCGAUUGGACAUGGUAAUGGUAAUGACAGACAUUCGGUCGAUGGUCGACAUUCAACUCAAGAUACUUAUCAACCUUCGCAAGACGACAGCAGACAGUUCAAAGUAAUGAAUCCCGAUGAUGCUUCCGAACGAUGGAGUUUCAUUGACCCGCCUCCCAAUGUCGGUAAAUUGGGAGUAACAAUGUUCGAUACGACAGGUGGACAUGUCCAUCAAUACCUUCCUCCUCAAACUGCAGGUAGAACAUCAGGGGAAGAUGAUUCCAGAGACAAGCACAAUUCGUCGAUAUAUGCAGAUGCUCCGACCAAACCUGUACGAUUGAUUCCUAUUCAGAACGAUCAACCCACCCGACACGUGAAUAGGGGGAUCUUAGAAAGCACAUCGCCGGAAUCGGAAUUGGGUUUCGGCGAAAAUGAUACUCAAUCUGAUCUCAACCAUGCCAAUCCCAUUACAAAGCCUUUAGCAUUGGGUCAACCGAUUGAUAGGGAUUAUCGUGAGGAUGAUCAUGGGGGCAACGAUGGAAUGAUGAUUGGUAAGAUGCCUUUGAAAGAUAGCGACUCGCCUGAAAGAAGAGGCAGACAGAAUAUAGUCGAUCUUGGAAGUGCCAUACAAAGUGUUCAUGGUAGUGUAGGGUAUCUGCAAAGUAUGAUCUCAGGUAUUUCAGGACAUCAUGGCAAGAGGCUAUCAGUGGAUUUAGAUAAUGUACAACAACAGCAGCAACAAGCAACUCAAGGAUCGAAAGCUUCGAACGCUGUUCCUAAACCUGAAAUAGUAAUUAUAAACCCUUCAUCUCAUAAUCAUAGUAGUGGAAAAUCAUGUCAAGAUCAUACACCUCCACCAUUACCUUCUCGACCUCACCCUGAUCAUAUACCCGAAUCUACCUUACCUAUUUCGACAUCUCCUACUAGGACUCAACCUACCGAAGAGGAAGUAGCUAGACAACGAAAUAAGUAUCUUGAAUGGGAGAGGAAAGGGAAAGUGAAGAAUGGGAUGAGAAGGAUAUGGGAUGAAGAUGAGAAUUCAUGGAGAGAUAUUCCGAUCUCACAUGGUGAGGGGGUAGGCAGUGGGAGAACGAAAGUGACUUUGGGAUGA